AGGCGUCAACAGUGAUAUCUUGUUAAAUAAAUUAGUUGCCAUUGGCUGUGAAAAUCAUCUUUUACGAUCUAUAAAAUUUUUUACAUAUCAAAGACAUAUUCACACUGAUAUAUUAAAGAACGAAAUCAGACUAAUUUAUAAGGGUCUACCACAAAGAGGAGUUCUCAGCCCCCUUCUUUACGUACUAUAUGUCUCUGACAUAACAAACAAUAUACCAAAACACGUUUUCGACUCCCAAUUUGCCGACGAUAUCGCAAUCUACUGAAAAAUUACUCCUUUCAAAAAAUGCAAAAAUCUUAUUGAAAAAACAAUAACAAUAAUCAAAAAUAACCUACAUUCCCUAGGACUUGAACUCUGCCCACAAAAAACAACACUACUACAUUUUAAUAAUAAACAGGUUACACCGGGUCAGACUGAAAUCAAAAUCGAUGAGCAUACUAUUAAAUCUAGUGAAACUAUUCGUUUUCUGGGUAUAACUUUUGACUACAAAAUGACUUUUAUACCGCAACUACUAUAUAUAUAAAAAAAAUGCAUGAAAGCCCUUAAUAUCAUAAAAUUUUUGUGUGAAACAUGGUGUGGCUCAGAUCCAGAAACCUUAUUAAUCUUAUAUAAGAGUCUUGUGCGCUCACAUAUUGAUUACGGAUGUUUUGUAUACUUUCUAACACGAAAAGAUUUAAGAGAAAAAUUGGAAAAAAUACAAUAUUCAACAAUAAGAUCAACUUUGGGUUAUCGUAUUAGCACACCAACAAACAUUUUAAUAGCGGAAUCAAAACUCCCACUUAUUCAGGAUCGCACAAGGUUCUUAUGCAAUAGUUAUCUAAGUAAAGUCCUGACUAACACGUGUACACAAAUUAACAAAACAAUAAACCAAUAUUAUUUAAAAAAACAAAAAAAGAAUAGACUUCUAAAACAAUGCAUUGACGAUACGCUCAAUAUAACAAAAAAUUUACACAUCCAUAAUCAUUAUGAUAUUUAUAGCUUUGAUUUUGAAACAGUUAUUACUUCAAUCCCGAUCAACACCAAAAUUGGAAAACAUCUUAAACAAAAUGUAAACCCUAACACUUCUUUCAAUAAAUUUAUUUCAAAACAUAAUUCAUACACUAUAUAUACAGAUGGUAGUAAAGUUAACGGAUCAAACUCAGUAGGAACAGCUUGUAUUUGCCAAGAAUUAAACAUUAUUAAAAAAAGAAACAUUACAAAUACUGCUUCUGUCUUCACGGCGGAAUGUAUUGCAUUAAACGAUGCUCUAGACAUCGCUCUUCUCAAUCCAGACCAUAAUUUCAAAAUUUUUUCAAACUCACUCAGUGCGCUUUUAUGUCUUCAAAACCCCAAAAUAGACAUAAAAACUAAUAGUUAUAUUUUUAAAAUUAGAAAGAAAUAUAAUGAAUUCAAGCAAAAAUCCACAAACAGUAAUAUAGAACUAUUGUGGAUUCCAUCGCACAUAGGCAUACAAGGGAACGAGAAGGCUGAUAUUUUAGCUAAAACAGCGACUGUAGCACAGCCAGACAAUGGUAUUACUAUUCCAUUUACUGAUUUCCAUGAAUCACUUGAAUACAAAUGCAACCUAAGCACCAAAAAGUAUAUUAAAGAACAGGGUCAAAUAAAAGGCAAAGAUUAUUUCAAAUAUUACUACAAAAACAACAAUAAACCAUGGUUUGCAAAUAAAGGUCUUUCACAAGAAAGUAUUGUCACUAUUAACCGUUGCAGAUCAGACCAUUAUAAUCUCGCUGCAUCACUAUCACGAGUAGGCAUUAUAAAAGAAACAAAAUGCGAAUGUAACGCUAAUAUACAAGAUCUAAACCAUAUAGUUUGGCAAUGCCCAUUAUUUGACACCCAAAGACUGGAGUUAGUUGAAAAAUUAAAAAAAUGCAAACUAUACCUACCUCUAGAUAUAAGAUUAAUACUCAGUAAACCAAAUAUUGAAGCAAGCAUACAUGUAUAUCAUUUCCUAAAAAGGUGCAAUUUACAAAUAUAAGCAAACAUAUUAUUAUUUUUUUUUUAUUGGAUAAAAAUAAUAGCCUGGAAAGAACCCAUCCAGCCAGCUGAUACACAUAUAUAAUACGGAAAACUUGGCUAAAAACAACUCAGUUGUUUAACGUACAUAGGUUAAAAAAUAAAUACAAUCUUUAGAGAGCUCAUAAAUUAAUAUAAUUUAAAAGAAACUAAGAUAAUUUAAAGAAAUCACAAAUUAAGAAGAU